AAACUGAAUGAAUGAACGUGGGAUAAUGGCGAUGAUGAUGGUAGAGAAAACCCGCUUCUCAUCGCCAUUGAAAUUCACAUUCCCACCAGCAAUGAAUAUAAGAAAUCAAGACGAGGGAGAUUAGGGUUUUGUUGUUCUUUGAUUAACACACAAUUAAAAAUGAAAAUGCAAUCGAUAAGAAGAACAACAUUGCUGUAACAAGCCACUCAAUCGAUUGCUUCAAUCCCAAGCUGCAAUUCUCAAGAAACCCAAAUAGAUGGACAAGGAAAGGAUUGCACAAUACAACUUUAUUUGCUUCACCUUCAUCCUUUUGCAGGAAUUAUCGCAUUUAUAUCCUUAUUUAUAGGAAAAGAGGAACAGUUGCAAAGAGGGUUUGCUAGAAGUAUUUAAUAGUGAAAGAGGAACGAUUUCCAAAGGGGUUUCCUAGGAUUGUACGUUUUCGAAUCUUUAAACUUUUUCUCAAAAGAAUCUUGUUUUUAUCUAAAAAAACUGUUGAAGAUGAAGGAUCAUUUUAUCUUGCUGGUUGAUCGUUUGCUCACUGAAUCCUCUCUUGAAGCUGUUAUUGCCACGGAUUCAGUAAAUGAAGAAAUGGUUACUGAUGUUUCUUCUCAUAGGAUGGAUCUCACUUUUGAAUCAAAGCCAAAGAAAUUGGUGGAAUGCAGGAUUUGUCAUGAUGACGAUGAAGACUCCAACAUGGAGACACCAUGUGCAUGUCGUGGCAGCUUGAAGUUUGCCCACCAUAGAUGUGUACAACGGUGGUGUAACGAGAAGGGGAACACCACGUGCGAGAUUUGCCUCGAGCCAUUCAAGCCCGAUUACACAUCACCACCUCCGUCACUCCAUGGAGAUCCGAUGAAUUUCAGGGGCAAUUGGGAGAUUUCACGAAGGGAUCUUUACAAUCUUCAAUUUUCAACCAUGGUUUCUUCUGGUCAUGAAGAACCGGACUUCGAUGACUAUAUUGCCCCUAGUCCGGGAAGCUUAACAUGUUGCCGUGUAAUUGCUAUAAUGUUUAUGACACUUCUAGUGUUACGUCAUACUCUACCGAUUAUUAUCAAUGGUACAGGAGGAUACACUAUUACGAUGUUCACGUUGAUUAUGUUAAGGUGUAUCGGCGUUAUUUUGCCAAUUUAUAUCAUGUUUAGAGCUUUUAUUGUCGUGCAACGUGGCCUCCAACUAGAGGAACAUCGGUAUUUCCACUCGGAUGAAGAGAACGAUCUUCCACAAUCAUCGUCAGAUCUGCGCCUAGUUCAUGUCCAUUGACUUCAUGGCGAUUGUUAUCAUAGAGCUUUGCAUGGUUUUUGGGACUCGAUGCAUGGAUAAAGGUUGAGGAUGGGUGAUAUAAAGUAAUUUUGUAUCAUAUUUACAUUAAGCAUUAAUUCUUGUAAAAAGUUGCUUUGUACAUAAAUAUGAAAUUGUUUGGUAUCAGAA